GUGCAAAUUUUGUAAAUCUCACAAACUUCCCUCUUUCCAAACUCUUUAAAAAUCCCCUUUUUUCUCGAACCAAAAGAUGUCAGGCGAAGAAGAAGAGAACGCAUCCGAGUUAAAACUGGGCGAAGAUUUCGUGAAGGCAAAGUGUUUGAUGAACGGAGAAGUAGCCAUGAUUCUUGAACACAGGUUAGAGCAAUUGCAACAAGUUUCUGAUGAUCCACUAAAUCAAAUGCCUCAAGUUUUCGAGAAAUCUCUGCAAUAUGUCAAGCGAUUCAGCCGUUACAAGAACCCAGAUGCUGUGAGACAGGUUAGGGAAAUCCUUAGCCGCCAUGAAUUAGCCGAAUUCGAGCUUUCAGUUCUUGGUAAUCUUUGCCCUGAAACUGUUGAGGAAGCCAUUGCUAUGGUGCCGUCCCUUAAGGAUAAAGGAAGAGAUCUUGAUGAUGAAGCAAUUGAAAAGAUGCUUACUGAUCUUGCUCUUGUGAAGAAGUUUGAGUAAAAGUAAUUUUGGUUUCUAGGGUUAGGGUUUCUGGGUAGCGAUGAAUUGGGGUCCGGGUUUUAAAUUGAGGAUGUUAAUGCUUUGUGUAUUGUUAUCGGACUUAUCACUUUAUGAUAAUAUGAUAUUAGUAGAGUGAUGAUUAUGUGUUUAUGAUGUGCAUACCAAGCGUUUAUGAAUGUUCGUUCUUGGUGUGUUUUCAGAAGUGUUUAGAUUGUGUAAUAUUGGAAACUUAGGAUUGUUCUUUGGAUAUGGAACUAAAAUUGAAAAGACAGGUUAUCUAAUUAUUUUGAUCGGAUAAACGUUGAAAACUAUCUUCGA